AUGUCUCUUCAAGCUCAAAAUUUGACUAUUUUCCCAACAUUUACCCUCGCUAUCAAUUCCAAGUGGAGCAAAAAGGAAUGUAAUAAAAAUAUGGUGACCAUCAUCAACUCAACCAUUGCCGACCCUAACACGGUCUGCGUGACAUCUUUUACGGGACGUGAUGGGCUUCACAUAAAUAAUGCAUUUCAAGUGGAUAUACGUAACAUUUCGACUGGACGACCCAUAGUAUGGACUGAAAGGUUCCCAACCUUGUCACAAACCAGCUACAGGGAGAUCACUGAGCAUCAAUAUCAGAUGGAAAAGAGCCUUCUCAAAGCCUAUUCUCAAUGCCUCACGGCUAACUUUAAAACAAUGAUGGAGAACAGAAACAAUCAGUCUCUUCCCCCACAAGAUACACCAGGUGACUCUCAAUUAUCAGCUCCAACUUCUCACACAGUAGUAAACCAUGCUUUCGCAAUGAUGUUACAGGUGAAGGACUACAAGUACGGUUUUCUCCCUUUCCAGUUGACUGAAUCAGAACUGACUUAUGAAAUAUAUGAUGAUGGAACAGCAGAGGAAGAGUGGCGAUUGAGUCCAAGUACUAAAUCUGGAGAUGGAGUAUGA